CUUUAUCUGUGAGGGUGGGAUGGGCUGAGGGUGUGUGUGUGUGUGUGUGUGUGUGUGCGGUAGUACAUAAGCAGAGGGAGAGAAAGUGAGACCAGGAUAAGACCACAGUGGCUGAGAAGUGAUGAUCGGUCACACAGCCAGCCGCUGCGCUCUGCUGCUCUGAAUAUUUUUCAUCGUUUCUCCUCCACUUUUCUUCCUCACGUCGUUUCACUGAAACCAGAGCAACAGGAUUGUUUUUGCUGCUUGAGGAGGAGCUGAAAGAUGAAAAUGGGAAAAAGAAACAGCUGAGAUAAUCCUGGACCGCUCCAAACAUUCCCAAACUGAAUCGUUUCCUGCUGCUUUUCAUCGGCUUCGUCAGUUUCCUCCUCAGCUUCUUCAUGGACAGAGUUUUCAUGCGCAUGAAGCUGCCAGGAUACAUCAUGGACUAAGAACAUGGACAACAGAAAUUUACCAAACAGAAUCAUAGAAUCAGUUAUAAAUAAAGGUGACACUUAUCCAAAUCUUAACCCAUUCAGGACUUGCUGUAACAAAGAGAAGAAGUGAAGAUGAACUCCACGGCUCAGCAAGGCUUGAUCCCAUGCUACCUGAACCGGAGCCUGCGCCUGGGAACUCUGCCAGAGAAAGACGUUUCCGGAGAGAAGAAGGAUUCCUCUGCUGGCUGCUAUGAGCAGCUGCUGAUUUCCACCGAGGUCAUCCUCACUUUGGGCAUCAUCAGCCUGCUGGAGAACAUCCUGGUGAUCGCCGCCAUCAUCAAGAACAAGAACCUCCAUUCCCCGAUGUACUUCUUCAUCUGUAGCCUGGCGGUCGCUGACAUGCUGGUCAGCGUCUCCAACGCCUCGGAGACGAUCAACGGCGGCAGCUUCACCAUCCCCGUCACGUUCAUCAAAAGCAUGGACUACGUGUUCGACUCCAUGAUCUGCAGCUCUCUGCUCGCCUCCAUCUGCAGCUUGCUCGCCAUCGCCAUCGACCGCUACAUCACCAUCUUCUACGCCCUGCGGUACCACAACAUCGUCACCACCCGGCGGGCGUUGCUGGUCAUCGCCAGCAUCUGGACGUGCUGCACCGUCUCUGGCAUCCUGUUCAUCAUCUACUCGGAGAGCACCAUGGUGCUCAUCUGCCUCAUCACCAUGUUCUUCACCAUUCUGGUCCUCAUGGUGUCGCUCUACGUUCACAUGUUCCUGCUGGCGUGCCAGCACAUGAAGCGCAUCGGUGCCCUGCCGGGCAACGCGCCCAUCCAGCAGCGCGUCAACAUGAAGGGCGCCAUCACCCUCACCAUCCUGCUGGGGGUGUUUGUGGUGUGCUGGGCGCCCUUCUUUCUGCACCUCAUCCUGAUGAUCACCUGCCCCAGGAACCCCUACUGCACCUGCUUCAUGUCGCACUUCAACAUGUACCUCAUCCUCAUCAUGUGCAACUCCAUCAUCGACCCCAUCAUCUACGCUUUCCGCAGGCAGGAGAUGAGGAAGACCUUUAAGGAGAUCUUCUGCUGGUGUAUUAGCUUUCUGUGAGACGCUCCAGGUAGUUCAUCUGUAAUCUGUGUGCAGUGCAAAUCUCCAGGUCUGCAGGAUAAGUGGGGUUGAUUAGACGGUUGGCUAACAGAGGAUUUGUCUGCAGUCCACAAUGUUGUGAAUCUAAAAGGAUGAAGAGCCUGAAAUGUCAGUUUUGCAGCAGCACAGAUUGAAAAUGCUUCAGCAUAUGAUGUUUUUAAAGCACAUUAGACAGCUAAGAAUGAGAUAAGAGACUAACUUUGUUACAACUGUGAUUACUUUAUGUCUCCAUUGGUUUUUGAACAUGGAACCAUUGGGGUAGGACUUUAUAGCAUCGCCACAUAAGGUGAUAAUGACAUUACUCUUAACUGUAAUCAUAAUAUUGACUUAUAAGGUGAUCAUACCUUAUAAGGCAACCACAGUAUUGCAUUAUAAAGCAAUCAUUACAUUAUAAUUAUAACUUACCCUUAUAAGGUAAUCCUGCAAUCACAACUCUGUCUUAUAAGGCGAGUUUUUCUCUUUAAAUUAAUCACACCAUUGAUUUCUGAGGCAACCAUAACUUUGCCUUAUGAUGUAAUCAAGGAUAAAAAUAAUGCCUUAAAAGGUAAUCAUACCAUUGAUUUCUGAGGCAAUGUGAUUGUGCUAAUUGUAAUGCGCUAAUUAGCACAUUAGCAGGUUAGCGGAAGUAUACCCACCGCUUUGAUUUCAUCACAGCACAAAUUUCAAGAACAGUAUUGGUCUCUUUCCAGCACAAAUCAGCUAAACUUUAUUAUUAAACUAUUUUCUUUUAUAGCAGACUUUCAGUACCAAAUAAGAAUUGUUUACUUCAAACCCUCAGGCAAAAAAGUAAUGUCAUUAAGUUAAAAGUUGUCAAAGAAAGUUCAACAUUGCACAAUGUUGAGCUAAAAAAAUAAUCUGAAAUAUUUGAUGGCACCAUUCACAGGUUCAAACAGGGUAAAAAAAAUCUGCUUGUUUCUGAUCUACGCUCUUGUAAGUUUGUGUAAGUAUUUGUGUAAAUUUGCACAUUUGAGUUAUUCACACUGGCACUUUUAAGCAUGUGGUUAUAAGUAAGUCUAUUUUUCAGUGUGUUUGUAUGAAAGGGAGGAGUAUAAUUAAUGUAGGUUUUCUCUGUGUGUCUGACCUGCUGCUUUUUUAAAUCUUUGCCUUAAUGGUGUUGCACUGUGAUAUAAAAAGAAACCGUAUUCUGUAUGAAAGUGUCUCAGAAAAAAAAGAUUAUGUACAGUUUUGAUGUUUUAAGUGUUGCCUUUUUAAUGUGCACCUCUGUAAACUUGAAUUGCAUUCAAUCGCUCACAAAACGCACAAGAGAACAGAUGUAAACAGGGUGUCUUAUCAGCUCCGCCUGACAUGUGACUCAUGCAACUGAAAAACAUGUUUUGUAUUUUUUUUCCCAUCAGUGCGUACUGUGAAUCACUGCUGCUGUGACUUGAAUAAAUCAUAAUGCAACCUGA